AUGUUCAGCAAGUUGAUUACCCUGGCUGCGUUGGUGGCGUGCACCCUGGGGGCGCCUCAGAAGCGGCUGGGAGUGCCGCUGGUCGGUACGGCCGAGUCGCAGGCGGUGAUUCUGGCGCAGGAGCACAACCACGACCCGAGCGGGGCCUACAACUAUCGCUACGAGACGAGCAACGGCAUCUCGGCGCAGCAGACCAGCUACGACGGUGCAAACUCGGUCGGCGAGUACUCGUACACCGGACCGGACGGAGUGCUGUACCGCGUGGCCUACAACGCCGACACGUACGGGUUCCAGCCGCAGGGCGCCCAUCUGCCGGUUGAACCGCCAGUACCGGACCACGUGCUGAAGGGGCUCGAGCAGAUCCGCGCCAACCCGCCAAGGGAUCCCGAGUUCAAUCUGGCUGCCCUCGAUGCCCAGAUUGCGCGGCUAAGGGCCACCCUCGGCUAG